AAACAUCAGCCGCCGCCGCAGCUGCAGCAGCCGCCGCAAUGCCACCUAGCUCACCCAGUGGUCCAAGUGCCGAGCAAAGAACAACGAGUAUUGGCAAUUUGGUAAGUGAUGCCACCGCCGUGGAUUCGAAUACCAAUACCCCACAACAUUCAGUGAGUAAUGCCAAUGGCAAUGCAAUGCCUGAACUGGUGGCCAGAAGAUCAACAUCGACUAGUGAAGAAAAACCCGUAGCAGCCACUAGUGCCAACAAUAUGGAAAGCAGCACCAAAGAUUUGGAUAAGGAUAUGAAUAAUGCAACUAGCACAACGAUAACCAAGACAGUUACAACUGAGGAGAAAAUUACGAAAACCACCACCGAUGGACAACAGCAACAGCUCAAUGGUAAUGAAAAUGGCAAUAACAAUGUUGAUGAGCAUGAGGAGGCAGUUGCUGCCACUACCACAAAUGGUAAUGCUAACGAUAGUGAUUUAACAACUUCCCUGCCAGCCAGAGGAACCAAAUCCAAUAAUGCCAAUGCCAAUAAUAUGCCUAAUUCCAAUGCAGCCGCCGCCGCAGCAGCAGCAGCCAGUGAUGAAAAACAAUCAGGAGGUAAUAAUCAUUUGAAUCAUGACAAUGAUCUGAAUAGAAAUAGAAGUAGCAAUUUAGUUGAACAGAGUAAAAAUCCCUUUGAAGAUGAUGAAGAUGAGCAAAUCUACGAAAUACCCAAGGAUGCCACUACUACCGACUUGCCACCAGGUGUUCUUUAUCGUGUAAAGGCCACUUAUGGUUAUGUCAAGGAAGAUGUUGAUGAAUUGAGUUUCGAGGUUGGCGAUAUUAUUCGUGUUAUUGAAUACGAUGAUCCUGAAGAUCAGGAGGAAGGAUGGCUGAUGGGUGAGAAGGAAGGUACAAACGAGAAGGGUCUCUUCCCAGCCAAUUUCACAAGGCCCAUUUAGGGGGCAGGCAGUAGAAGAGGCGCUGGCA